AUGGCAUUAUUGAUGAAAUGAUAUUGCUGGUGUAGAAAAGCCUUCUCUGCUUCUCUGACCAGUCUGUGUUGUGUACCAAAGGGAAAGCGAAGAACUUCUCUACAAGAUUUUCCAUGGGUAACCUUCUUUUUCUUAUGAUCAUCCCCUUCUUAUUGUUCCUUACAACUACCCAUGCAAAAUCAAAUCAUUAUUGUCCACCUUCUUCUUGUGAUAAUAUCAUCAACAUAACUAGUCCUUUUCGACUUAACACCGAUCCAAAACACUGUGGCUACUCUCAUUAUGAGCUUUCCUGCGAGAACAAUCUUACUGUAUUACACUUGAAGUCUGUCAAAUACUUUGUGAGGUCAAUCAAUUAUGCCAAUCACACCAUUAGAAUUGUGGACUCCAAUCUUGUCAAAACCAAUUGCUGCUCUCUCCCAAAUAACAAUCUGGGAGAAUUAGAUUCGUUCAAAGGUUUCAGCUCUUACAGCUACUUGUUCGAAUAUGAUGAGAAACUAACAAAGACAAUAGUUUUCUUGAAAUGUGAGAAUCCAGUAGUGAAUUCCUCUGAUUAUAUAGACACCGCUCCUUGCAACAUUGGUGGUUCUUUAGCCUCCCAAUAUUCUGAAACCAAAACUACUACUGCUGAUCUUUAUUAUUAUUAUGUGGUCGAUGGUGGCUUUAAGGUUUCUGAUUUGGCGAUUGGGUGCCGCACGGAGCUAAGGACCUUCGUAUCGAAUCAGACAGUGGUGAAUGGGAGGACUACUUCUUAUGUGGACAUUCACAACCACCUUGCUUAUGGCUUUGAGCUUUCAUGGUUGAACUCAUAUUUCUGGGUCGAUGGGGAUCACUGCUUCAUCAACUAUUCCAACGAGAUGCAAUGUGGUCCGCGGGAUUUGCCUCCACCAUUAAUGCUUUUCUUGGACAUAAUGACCUAUUUAACAUAUGGGCUUGGUACGUAAUUAAAAGAGCUCUUACUUUCUCCUUUUAGAAAUAUAUAAUGGAAAAUUUAUUUUAUUUAAUAGAACAACUUAACUAAUUAAAAAAAAAUUAAUAUUUGAAAAAUAUGAUUCAUUCAGCCAACAUUUAAAACAUAAAUCAAUAGAAAUUUAUUUUUUGGUUGAUUAAACUGUAGUAUAUCUCUUCUAUAUAAUAGUGGGUAGAUAAAGAAAAUUUGUAGAUUUUUAUUUUUAUUUUUAAUGUUAACUUUAACGGAAUAUUCUUCUAUUUA